AUGAUUUCAUCUGUAGAUCAUGCGACAGCAAGUUUUCUCACUGCUUUCUGUAAUGCUACUCGGUUUGUCUGCGGAUUACAGUGUUAUUGUAAGAAGCCGGUUUUGUUCAGAUUGUUCAAUUUCCUCGCACCUAACUCCUUUCAUUUUCUUCCUUCUUCCUCUAUCACUAGUUUGAAAUCUCUCUUCUUUCUCUCUCUCCAUCAUUUUCAUUUUUCUUCUUUUCUUACUCUAUCACUAUUCGAAAUCUCUCUUCUUUCUCUCUCUCCAUCAUUUUCAUUUUUCUUCUUUUCUUACUCUAUCACUAGUUCGAAAUCUCUUUUCUUUCUCUCUCUCCAUCAUUUUCAUUUUUCUUCUUUUCUUACUCUAUCACUAGUUCGAAAUCUCUCUUCUUUCUCUCUCUCCAUCAUUUUCAUUUUUCUUCUUUUCUUAUCUCUAUCAGUUCAAAAUCUCUCUUCUUUUCUCUCUCCAUCAUUUUCAUUUUUCUUCUUUUCUUCCUCUAUCACUAGUUCGAAAUCUCUCUUCUCUCUCCCUCCCAAUCUCCUACUGCUAACAGCCUCUUCCUCUGUCACAUUCCUCUGUCUUUGCAAGCCAACACUUUCACCUUUGAGUUAUUCUUUUUCUUUUAUAUUUUCGGUUGAUUUUUUUUUUGUUUAUUUUUGUUGUUUUAUUGGGGUUUUUUUUGUUUGUUAUUUUUUAUUUCUUUUUUUAAUUUCUGCCGUAUUAAAAAUGUUUCUUCGUUUUGUCAUAUUUUUUUCUGUCAUUCUUUUCUUUUCUUUUAAUCUUCUUUUGAGUUCCCUUUUACUUUUUUUCAUGGUCAGUUCUAUCAUAUAUUUGUCUUUCUCCUCUUUCCUUCACUCUUUUAUUCUUUCGUUCUUUUUUGUCAUUUUUGUGGAUUAA